AUGUUCUUAACCAGAAGUGAAUAUGAUCGGGGAGUGAGUACGUUUUCACCCGAAGGGAGACUUUUUCAAGUGGAAUAUUCGUUGGAAGCCAUCAAACUAGGGUCAACUGCUAUAGGGAUUGCCACUAGUGAAGGUGUAGUGCUAGGUGUGGAGAAAAGAGCUACUUCUCCUCUACUUGAAGCAGAUUCCAUUGAAAAGAUUGUGGAAGUCGAUCGUCAUAUAGGUUGUGCGAUGAGUGGGUUAACGGCAGAUGCCCGUUCUAUGAUUGAGCAUGCUAGAACUGCUGCUGUGACACAUAACCUGUACUAUGAUGAAGAUAUGAGUGUUGAAUCGCUGACCCAAUCGGUAUGUGAUUUGGCUCUGAGGUUUGGUGAAGGUGCAGCUGGUGAAGAAAGAUUAAUGUCGAGACCGUUUGGUGUGGCUCUUUUAAUCGCCGGGUAUGAUAAGGAAUCAGGAUACCAAUUGUUCCAUGCCGAGCCCUCAGGAACUUUCUACCGUUACAAUGCUAAGGCCAUUGGAUCAGGCUCUGAGGGAGCUCAAUCCGAGUUACAAAACGAAUGGCAUUCUUCGCUGACGCUAAAGGAGGCAGAAUUAUUAGUACUAAAGAUCUUAAAGCAAGUUAUGGAGGAGAAAUUGGAUGAGAACAAUGCCCAGUUGAGUAGUACUACAAAGGAGGAUGGAUUCAAGAUCUACGACGAUUCAAAGACAGCAGAAAUCAUAAAAGAGCUUAAGGAAAAGGAAGCACAAGAGGCUCCUGAAGAUCGAGACGUUGAGAUGUCGUAA